GGGGAAAGUAUCUCGGAUCGGGCAAAUUCACAGCAGUCUAACUGUUGGAAAAAUGAAGAGAUCUAAAUUACCUGUUUACCGGACAAGAAACACACAUGCUGCCAUCGCUCCAUCAGAGGUUUCAUCUGCCAAUGGGCUGAAAACAGAAAGUGAUCAUUUACAGCCUUCAGCAAAACGCUUCCAUGUGAUUCCAAGUGAAUCGAAGAAAGAUUUACCUCGAAGAUUCAACUUUUCACGUAAAACCUCAAGUGCAAUCACUUUCGAGGCAACGUCUAAACAGCAGAAUGUGGCAUUAAAUAAAAGAAAGAAAAUUCCCCCGUCAUCAAGGAUGACUCGUGCUGACAUGAAGAAGAAUGUGGCCCCGAAAGUGGUCGAAGCAGAAUUAAGGGACCAAAACCAGUUAUUGGAAGUUGCCCAGCAGCAACUAAAGCAGGAACUGAAGGUAUCCAAGGCACAUGUGGAGAAUCUCCAAAGAGAAUUAGAAACAUGGAGAAGUAACACAAUGGAGACGCGGGAAAUGUUCCAGGAUUUGAGGCUGAAGUUGCAGAAUGCCAAGGAAGAGAGUAAUAAAAUUGUAGGAGAAAUGGACUUGUUCGACCAAGAGAUGGAGGAGUGGAGAUCCACUUUAAGUCAAUUUAACCAUCUUUUAGAUCAGGAUGUUGAAUGACCUGACCAUCAGGAUUACAAUGAGCAAUUUUAAAUGUGAAUAGAAAGCGUAUAUGCUUUAAAGAACUGUACAAAAAAUAUUAAUAAAGUUUAUGUACUGUGGAUUGCUUACAGGAGAAUUUGGAGUUUUACAUCCACAAAGCAUCCUUUGCUUCAAUUAGUCAUAUUAAGUUAGAUAAACCAAUUUCCAUCACCUACCUGAUUGAAAGUCCUUUUCCUUCAUGAGUUUGCCCUCUUUUUAAUGUGAGGUGCAGAUGUGAGUCUUAUCCCAUGGGUUUUUAAGCUUAACUUCCUUUAUUUUAUUAUACAAAUACUUGUAUUCAGAAAACAAAAACAAACAUACUAAAGGGUAACACGAUCAAACCUGCCUUUGUGCCAGUUUACAAACCAACAGUCAUCAAUUUCAACAUAACGUCAUCCUCAGCAGUAAUACACUCGGCCUCCCAUGGCGACCAGCGUUCACCGACGGCCUCAAGUCCCCAUGGAUACGCGGGCUCGGACGUAGGCCCGGAAAAGAGGCAGGCAGCUGACCCUAGUGUGGCCAUCGACUACCCGCUACUUGGACCCGCGAAUGGCCAUCUUGGCCAGGAGCAGACCGACAGGGAGACUCCCUCCCUCCCGACCCUUCCCCCUCUACUGUGGUGCCCAAAUAUCAGGAGCUUGGGGCUAAAAUGUAGCCAAAACUUGAGGAGCAGCCCCUUCAGAUAGUCGAACAGGGGCUGCAACCUCUCGUAUUCCAUGUAGAUGUGGAACACGCACUCUUCCUCACCGCAGAGGUGACGGGUAGUUGGCGAGUCCGUGAACCGGCUCAAGUACCUGUUACAGGCCACAGCUUUGUGCAACACUUUCCACCUCGGGUCCCUGAUGUAAAGGGGGACUCCCCCCUCAUUGAGAGACCACCACUGGGGACCGCUUAGCUUAUGUUUAUUCACACAAGGUGUAGAUGAUUAACAAGCUCCAGGAUCAAAUUGGAAAUUCACUGCAAUGCCUUUGGCUUCAGUUGAUUAAAGUCAGGAAGAACAAGUUCAAUAUAUAUUUGCAGCCAUGGUUUAAAAGUGUUCUUUGCAGCUCAAAUGCUGGUAUCAUUGCAGUGUGUAUUCAAAUUCUAUGCCAGAGGCACAAGGCAAAUAUAAUAUCGGAAAUCCUGUACUGCAAGCUUAAGCUGAAUUAUUUGUUUUCAUUUGUCUUGAUUGGUGUAAAAAAGUUUUUGGGAAAGCAGAAGAUAUUUUCCAAUGACUUGGCCAAUAUUUGUAACUCCAUGAACAUAAUCAAACAGAUUGACUGGUUGUUGUUACAUUGCUGUUUGCGUAAGCUUGAUUGUGAAAAUUGGGUUUGGUAUCAUAGUCAAUAACAUUUAUACCUGUUUAUUGUGUCAAAACAGUUAAAUCUAAUCUGAUUCUGAUGGCCAUUUAAUUACUGAUUCCUACCCCAAAACAUUUCCUAGUGUCAAAGUCAGCAUGUAGUCAAAUUUAAAGGUAACCGGUUAUAGUUAUCACAUACUAAAUGGCUACUACAAA